CUUCGAUCUGGGCAUCGCCGUCUCCUCGUCCUGCUGUCAUGUCGCUACCUACAUCUGGGCGUCAUCCUCUAGCGCCACACAAUCCAACCACUCGCCAUGAUAAGGGCUCUCACCCCUCAGCUUUCGAGCGAUUCUUAACGAAGGUCGCUGCAAAGCAGCCGCCAAACACAUCGUCGCAGCGGAAGGACGCUCUGCAAAGGGUCUCCAACAAAUUCAAGGUCGCCCUUCCUCAUCUCGGCGACAAGCUAUAUUCCGCUGUCGCCGCCGCUUUACCUACCCACGCGACGCGUAAAGCCUCCAGCAGUCGCCACAAGCCUGCCAUGUCUAAGGUCAAUGAGCCCUGCUACAGGUGGCUCCUCAACCACCUAUACAAUCCGUAUCCGACUCGAGAAGAAUGGGAGGCGCUGUCGAAGGAAAGCAAGACCUCCGUCAAGGAGGUCGCCUCAUGGUUUAUGAGCGCGCGCAAACGGAUUGGCUGGUCAUUACUGCGUGCUAACCGCUUUGGUCGCUCCCAGAUCGGUAUAGUCGAGGCGGCUUCACGCUUCUGGCCGGUGCGCGACGCUUCCAACCCCCUCCCGCCCGACCUCGAGGUUCGCUUUGCUGAGAUAGAGGCAAACGCCAACUCGCUGUACUCUCAUAUUCUACAUCCGAACACGGCCCUUUUGAAGAAAGCCCGGCACCGCGCGGAAUGGCGCGCUCCUACCCAAACGCCCGAGUCUCCCGCCAAUCACAUCAAGAAAAGGAGUUCCGCAGACGCCGAGCUCGACAGCGCCGGUCCGUCCGCAAAACGACAAUCCCUUCCUCGCCGCGAGGCCGUUCCGACGCCUGCAGAGGCUCCUUCGCGACACUCCAUGGCCUCCUCCUCACUCACGCCUUCCCGAAGCAAACGAGAGUCGAAAGGUCCCCCUUCGUGCGCUCCUCCGCCAGCGUGCAUUUCUUGUCCUCCGCCUACCCUUCAUAAAUUCGGAGAGCCCUCUCUCUGCGCCAAGAGACCCCCUCCUGCAGACGUCGAAGAGCCAUCGGCCAAACGUCCACGCACACUACCUGUGUGGCGCGAUCCGCGCAAAUGCGUAUCGCCCUCGAAGCCGCCGCAAUCUCGGCCUCGUCACCCUAAUCAGCGGCUUCGCGCGAGCUCUACGCCGUCCUUGGCGCAGGAUGACAGCGCAAGCUCCGACAAUAAUGCCAACGGCUUUCGCUCCAUAUCUCUCGGCGAUCCACCAUCUUUCGAGCGAUAUCCCACCUCACUGUCGACGAGCACGGUUACGACGGCCGUCGCGGGCGCGCCUGCUCUAGACGCGACGCCGGUCUCUUUGUGCCACGCCGACGACCAGCCACCUACAUCGCCGUCUGUACUACCCAUCAGCCUACCUCAAGACCCUUUCCCCUUGUCUGCCUCCGAUGUUAUCACGUCCGACCUCAUCGAUAUCUCGUUACUGUCAUCGGAAACGUGUCGAACGACAGUCGCUGAUGCUGAUUCCACCGCAGCCGGCACGACCUCCCUGCCCAUACCACCGAAUGAUGACAUGGCCCCCCUCGAUGCCUUCGAAGUCGACUUGCAGGACCAGGACCAGUUGCGCGACUGGAAUCUCAUCGACCUCGACAAACAGUGCGGCGUAGAUACACCCAGCUACGUGGACGCCGAAACCGCAUACCUCUCUCUCGAUAUGUACGCAGGCGGCAACCACUGCCAUACUGCGCAGUCGGGCACGACGAAUUUCCUUGAACCUACUCUGUGGCCUUGGGAGAUCACCGACUCAUUCCCAAGUUCUUAUCCACGGACAGCGAUGGAUGGUCUCCGCGAUUUCGUUGGCGGCCUUCCGAUGAGUGGCUUGUCUUGGGGACCGGCUUACGUCUCGCCACUCAUGUAAUAGGUUUGCAAGUAGUACCAGUCCACCGACAAAUGUCGCGCGAUGCGUGGUAUGUCAACUUCCGCGCGAAGUCACGGCGUGCUUUCAUCGACAGCAUCGUCGUAUCCGCUCUCCAAGUAUCUACCUCGACUCCUCCCGGACGAAGUGAUCGUGCCCGCUGUGAUAUAUCAGCGACUUACUUAUAUUUUCAUAUCCUGAUUUUCUUGUCUAUAUCAUUCACAACAUACCCUUCUUGCUAAGAUUCGGUGUUGUAUCAUAUGUUACCAUGUGUAUAUUGUUAAUGGAUUCUGGUCACCGUCGAUGCUACCUGAUGCUUUAACGCUGAGCCUGUUACUUGCC